UCUGUCUCCCUAAAGGUCCGCGCCUGCGCCGUGGACGCCGCGGGUGGGUGGAACUGGUCGGGAUGAGUGGCGGAGGCACCGAGACCCCUGUAGCGUGCGACGCCGCCCAGGGCGGCGGCGGCAAGAAGCGGGACUCGCUGGGGACUCCGGGUGCGGCGCACCUCAUUAUCAAGGAUCUUGGAGAGAUUCAUUCCAGGCUGCUGGAUCACAGACCAGUUACCCAAGGUGAAAUCCGUUACUUUGUAAAAGAAUUUGAAGAAAAACGUGGCCUUCGAGAAUUGCGUGUUCUUAAGAACUUGGAGAAUACGAUCCAGGAAACAAAUGAGUGCCUGCUUCCCAAAUGCAGAGAGACCAUGGAGGGCAGCCUGGGGGAGACCCUGCAGAAAUUGCAAGCAGCUAAUGACUCCAUCUGCAGACUCCAGCAAAGAGAACAGGAACGGAAAAAGGUGAUUAAUGACUACUUGACAGCUAGUGAGAAGCGUCGUCUGGUCCAGUGGGAGGAGUUCCUGAGCGGACAGCCGCAGCGCAGAGCUGAGGUGGAUGAGGAGCACAGAAGAGCCAUGGAGAGGCUCCGAGAGCAGUAUGCAGCAAUGGAGAAGGACCUGGCCAAGUUUUCCACCUUUUAAGACUUUGAUGUAAAAGAGACAGAUGAAUGAGAAAGCGCUUUCUCAUCCCCCAGUCCUCCCACCAGCCAUGCAGUCUCUCCUUCAAGCUUAGCAGUACACUCAGGGCACUCUUAGGUCUGAAGAGAGACACUGCCGGAGCCAGAUACAUGUCCAGUGGAAGAAGCGUGCUUCUGCACCUACCUGUGGUCAUCUCAAGGAAAGGAGGGCGAUGGGCACAUUUGCUGCUGGACAGAUUUGAUCUUUUCAGUGAUUAGCUUAGAGGGCUGUGAGUGUAGAUUUCCUCAUUCAUUCCACCAAAGGCAAAUGUUUGACCUUGUGGAUUAAAUGGCAGGUAUGACAACUUCCCAUCACAGCAUCCUGUGACAGAGAUACCACAGUGGGCUUUGAACGCUUGCUUGGAGACACCAGGUUUUGCAGUGCAACACAGUGCCAUGUGUUUCACUCAGUGACAAGACAUUACAUGACUGGUAGCCUUGUAGCACUUAAUAUUUUCAUUUUCUAAGCUAUGCUUAGGAGAAAAACCAAAAUGUAUUUUGACUUUUUCCUCUCCAAGGAUCAUCAUCUCGCCCAUAGAGCUUACCUUGCUUUCCUGUCCAUCUCGCUCUGGGCCAGCGCUCCAAGGAACAGCGUCUGUGCAGGUUUCAGCUGCGCAGUGAGUAGGCAGCAGAAUCUGCCAAGUCCUUCCCAGGCCAUGUAAGAAAGGCUCUGUGUGGGCAGAAAGUGCUCACCCACACAGCAGAUGAUGUAUCAGAGGUAAAUCCUCUUUGUCUUAGCAUCUGUUCUCCAGCAGGUUUGUCCGGAUGGAACACCACUGUCUACCACCACUGUAAUAUUUCUGUGCUUGCACUUAAUCUAAGGAAGGACCGCAUCAGAUGUCAUUUGCUGUAAACUAAACAGAAGUUCAUGCACUCAUUUGAGAAGAUGCAUAGCCUGUGGAUUUGAGGUGUGGGUGGGUCUUUCUAGUAUUUUCUUCUCUUCAGUAAAGAAGCGUAAGGCAGAGCCCCCCUAACUGUCAUGUUAUCUCAGAAUUCUCAAUGCAGACAAUUGACAAUGCGUGCCUCUGUAAAUGUAUGGCCGACUGUGAGAGCUUCGUUCUUGGCUCAUGCUGAAGUGGGAUUAAAGCUAAUAGAAGAGAUGAAA